AUGCCUCCACGAAGAGCAGUCAGAGUUCGUCCGGCUAUGAAGAGUGUUGAGGAACAAGAGUUACCGAAUGCCCUAGAAGUGCAAACCCAAGAAGAGAUCAAAUAUGCUGAUUUUCGUGAAGCUAUCCAGAUGUUAAGUCAAGUUGCGACCUUUCAUGUUGGGCAGAGAAAUAAUCGACACGAAUUGGUUGAUAUUUCAAGGAUUCGUGAACUCUUAAGGAUGAACCCACCAAGUUUCACCUGUUUAAGUAUUAGUGAGAAUCCAAAGAACUUCAUUGAGGAGCUUAAAAGGAUGGUUGCAGACAUGAUGAGUAGAAUGAGUUUAUAUGUUGCUGGGUUAUCUCGUCAGUCAAGCAAGGAAGACAAGGCAGCUAUGCUGAUAGGGGAUAUUGACCUAGCAAGAUUUAUGAUCCAUUUACAACAAGUUGAGGAGGAUAAGCUGAAGGAUAGAGAAGAGUUUAAAGAUAAGAGGGCUAAGAUAAACAAAGAUGGGUACAAUAGAAAUUCCUAUAGUUUCAGGGUUAGACUUGCCUAUUCUCAAGGCAGUAUGGUACCAAGGGGUAGUAAGGCUCCUGCAUGUGCUAGGUGUGGUAGAACCCACCUAGGUAAGUGUCGUGAUGGCCAGACAGGUUGUUUUAAGUGUGGACAAGAGGGUCACUUCUUGAAGGAGUGCCCUAAGAACAGGCAAAGUAGUGGAAAUCUGAGCAAUAGGGCCCAAGCUUCAUCAGUUGCUCCCCCAUACAUGAUGGUACCUAGAGGAGCUACUUCUAGUACUGGCGGAGGAGUAAACCACCUCUAUGCAAUCAACAGUCGCCAAGAGCAAGAUGAUUCACCAGAUGUUGUCACUGGUAUGAUUCGAGUCUUUGACUUUGUUGUUUAUGUUUUGCUAGACCCCAGAGCGAGUUUAUCUUUUGUAAUUCCUUAUGUUGCUAUGAACUUUGAUGUUAUACCUGUGCAACCUAGUGAGCCAGUCAUAGAGUGGAGUAGUAGUUCUUCAAGUGUGAGGCCGAAAUUUGGACCACCCACACCAACAAAAAAGGUGUAAAAGAAGUUUUUGGAUUCUCGACCGGUACAACUUCGCUCAAUAGGGAGAUUAUUUAGCUUUCCAGGUAAUGUUUUAUACCACAUUUUUGCGUCAUAUGUCACUUUUCAAACAGUUUCAC